UGUUGCUGCUGCAGUUUACGCCCAAGCGGUGGCGAAGCCAUCUCUGCAUCUCGACAUUGCAGCUGGCCAGAUCGGACGGCGUAUGCGCCGGGCGCACGCCGUCUCAUUGGCCUCGCGCCGCCGCCGUCACUCUCAUGCUGCCCAUGUCAUGGCUCUCGUUGUAUAAUGGUCCAGACUGCAUAUUCGCCUGUGAAUCCCAAAAGGCGCUAGUCCAUGAGUGAAGAAGGUUCCAUGGCCAGCAUCCCACCAUGACAGCUCAGCCCCAGAGGUCGCAAAUCUCCAAGUACUCCAUGCCCAAGCGCUCGCCAAGUAUCCUAGAGGGCGGGAGGCACAGGUGGGCUUCUGGGGGAGGUGUGGGUCGGAUGCGGCUCAACCGGCCUAGCCGCAUUUCGUGCCUAGUGCAUUCAGGAUGUCCCUGGCACUUGCACCGACCACUCACCAGAGCUGCCAGCCUUGGACUUUGUCGACGCAGGCUCCGACAUCUACUUCUGAGCGACACAUGACUACAGCACGCUUUGUGCAUGCUGGUUUCGGAGAGGCACAGCGUCUGCCGUAGCUUUGUCCUCACCUUCCCACCUGCGCCGAGAUAGUUGGUCCCCGCCACGACAUCCCGACCAGACCGACCGCGGGUACGGGCCGAGCCCACCCGCCCUACCGAGUAGGCGCACAACGAGGAGGCACCCGAGCGCAUCGAGGGUCACCCGUACAUCUUCCCAGCGACGGCCUGGCUCGCAGCCUCAAUUCCUCGGCACGUCUAGGUCUACGAGAUCAGGAUGCCACGCAAACCGCAAACCUAUGACGACUACGGCUCGGCUGUACCCCAGAUCAUCCUUGCCUCCUCCGAUACCGACUUUCUCGACGAGCUUAUUCCGGUGCUCAAGGAUGCCUCGCUAAGCGGGCGCAUGAACUCGCUCGUCCGGGGCUUCUCGCAGUACGCCGAGGAACGCGAGGCAGAUAUCGAGACUAUCGGCCUGACCAAGCACGAGGAGUUCCUGAGCUCUGUCAACCAGCUAGAGAAGGUCCGCGAGGGCACUGUCGCCCUAACCGCUGAGAUCCUGGAACUUAACCAGUCAAUCCAGGCGAGCACCGAGAAGCUGGCGGAGCAAAAGCAGGGCCUGGUCAAUACGAGGGCGGUACGCCAGAACAUUGCCGACGCCGCCGAGGUGCUCAAGGAGUCUCUCAAGAUCCUACACGCCGUCAACAAUGCCCUCGAGCUUAUCCGGAAGAAGAAGUACUACGGCGCCCUGAAGUCGCUCGACGACCUGCAAAAUGAGCACCUCAUCCCGACCAUCCAGAACAAGUACGCAACCCAGCACAAGCUGGCCGACCUGAUACAAAAGUCAAUCCCGGCAUCCCAGAAGUCAAUCUCGGAUGCCGUCAUGACGGAUCUGAACACAUGGCUGUUCCGCAUUAGAGAAACGUCGCCCUAUCUCGGCGAAGUCGCCAUGUGGCACACAGAGAUGCGCCGGGAGCGUCAUCGCGAACGCAUCGAGAAGAGCGCCUAUCUGAGCCGCUUCAAACUCAACUCGGCCAUUGAGCUGGUCUUUGACGAAUCCGAGGAGUUUGACGUGCUGGACAACGAAGAGCUGCAGGUCGACUUCACCCCCCUAUUCGAGGCGCUCCACAUCCAUGACGCCCUAACCCAAAUCGAAAGGUUCCGAUCCGACUACGCGGCAACGAGGAGACAGCAAAAAGAUCUUCUUCUUCCGAGCCGCGUUAAUAUCGAGUCUGAGGAGGAACCUACCCUCAGCGCCCUUCUCGAAGGCAUUGCCGGCUUCGCCAUCAUCGAGAGGGCAACAGUGCAGCGAGCACCGCAGCUACGCACUUCGGCCGACGUCGACGAGCUGUGGGAUUCCAUGUGUCGAGCCGCCGUGACCGUCACGACAAAGGCGCUGAAGGAUGUGACCAAUGCUGAGGUUCUGCUCAACAUGAAGGUCCGGAUAUCUCUAUUCAUCCAGACCAUGGAGGGCUUGGGGUACUCGGUCUCGAUGCUGGACAACUUCCUCUUGACUCUCUUUGACAACUAUGCCGAGCUUCUCAAGCGCCGGUUUAGUGAUGACUUCCAGGAGAUCGUCUCCACGGACGACUACAUGCCAAUGGCAAUCAAUAAUGUGGAAGAAUACGAGAAGGUUGUCAACGUCAGCUGGUUCACCCCUGAAAAGCCUGCUGAAGAGAUGAGCUUCCCUUGCGUCCUCCCAUUCUCUCAGAUGUAUCCGCUUUGCUGCAUAGAUAUUCGGAACUUCCUUAACCAAUUUUAUUUCUUCUCUGACGACCACUUCCAACACCCCAACAUUAUCGACGAGACACUCAGAAAGUCCCUGGAUUCCCUCCUCACUGAGAAGGUCUGCCAGUCAUUGGUCGAGAGGUUGAAUUCUCAGUACCUCGGCCAGAUUGUGCAGAUCUUGAUCAACCUAGAGCAUUUCGAGACGGCCUGCCAGGAGCUUGAGCAGCUGUUGAUCAGAGCGCGUUCCUCGACCUCUGCUGGCGGACCAGUCUCUCUUAGCGCAACGGAUCAGUUCCGAAGCAACAAGAAAACGGCAGAGAAGCGCAUCUUUGAGCUUGUCAAUUCCAAGAUUGAUGACCUCGUUGACACGGCCGAGUACGAAUGGAUGGCCACCACCCCCCAACUCGAGCCGAGCAACUUCAUCCAGACCCUCACUCGGUAUCUAUCCAACAUCAUGAGCUCGACCUUGCUAGGUCUUCCUCGGGAAAUCAAGGAGCUCAUCUACUUUGAUGCUCUCAGUCAUGCAGUAGAAAAGAUACUAUCCCUGCCACUGGCACCCGAGGUGAAGCGCAUCAACCCCAACGGCGUCCAGGCCAUGGCGACCGACGUGCUGUAUCUCACAGAGUUUGUGGACAGCCUGGAGAAUUCCUUCAUGCUCAGGCAAACGCUCGACGAGCUCCAACAGACGGUCGACUUGAUGAAGUCGGGCAACAGCGACGAGUUCUUCGAGGUUGCUGUGCGGAACAAGAAGUAUCCUCUUGUCAAUGCAAUGAACGGACCGGUGCUGCUGGAGAAACUUUCCAAUACGGUCGAGAGCACUCCGAGGGGAACCCCUGCACUGGCAGGCUUCUCGUCCCGCUUUGGAUUUAGCUGAGCGCAUACUGCACCGCGUCGAGCCAAUACUUGCUCAGUGCCCCCCAUAGAAACAGGCUGAGGGGAGGUCGAGUGGAAGGGAAGGAUUUAUGCCCAGGGAGAAGGGUUGUAUACGAUACCAGAGACUAUCUCAUGAAUUCAUUUGCCCGCAAGUAUACCCAUGUG